GUGAAAGUGAAAUUCCGGAAGAAACUGCUAGAGGGCGACAACGUUUCUUCGACUUUCCCCUGUGUAUGUUUAUGUACUAGAUGUGUCAAGGUGCUAAAAAACAUCAUCGAAACAAUGAAAGCGAUCAUCCAAAGAGUUACCAGGGCGUCUGUGACAGUGGGAGACGAUCAGAUCAGCUCAAUAGGACGUGGCUUGUGUGUGUUGCUCGGUAUAUCUGUGGAGGACACCCACACAGAUGCUGAGUACAUUACACGUAAAAUCCUGAACCUGCGUCUGUUUGAAGAUGAGGAUGGUCGGGCAUGGAGCAAAAGUGUUAUGGACUGGGACUAUGAGGUGCUGUGCGUGAGCCAAUUUACACUCCAGUGCAUAUUGAAGGGUAACAAGCCGGACUUCCACUUGGCUAUGCCCGCGGAACUGGCCCAACCUUUCUAUGCCAGCAUCCUGGAGAACUUGAGGAGUGCCUACAAGCCUGAGCUGGUUAAAGAUGGAAAAUUUGGGGCCUCCAUGAAAUUACACAUUCAAAAUGAUGGUCCAGUUACUAUUGAGCUGACGUCACCUCCUGUUUCUUCAGACCCCCGUCAGUUGUCCAAGCAGGAGAAGCAGCAGCAAAGGAAAGAAAAGACACGCUCAAAGGGACCUUCUGAAUCAAGUAGGGAGAAGAGUGCACUUCGUUCCCGACAGGACAAUAAUGCGAGUAGUGGGGCAGAUGGUGACGUGUCUUCAGAAAGAGACCCCUAGAUCUCCUGAAUGAUAAAACAACAACAAAUUCAGUUUCCUCAGGAAGGACUUGAUUUUCCAGUCCAAAACUUAUCAGGAGUGUUUGGAAGUCAGCAGUCAUCCCAUCCGCCAGUGUAUGCAAGUGUCCUCCAUAAUCAAACCAACAAAACCUGAAAGACUUGUUGCAAACAAUGACCUUGAUCCACUUAUGUUGGCGCAAUUUCUUUGGAUUUUCCCACUUUAUUUAUUUUUCAUCUUUCUUUGUUUCUGUUUUAUAGCAUAUUCUGUGUCUACAAAACCAUGCACUGAUUUGAAACAAAUUUAGAAUGUGACUCUAUUGUGAAAUUCGUUCAUACUUCAUAGCUACAGAUUAGUAGCAUUGACAAAUUUCCUGAUAGCAAUUCUACCAGUGUGUCAGUGCACCAUUUUUCUGAAAAUGGUGGUCAAAAUCAUUAGCAGCUUGUGGAAACCAGGUCAGUAACAGUUCAUCCCUCAAAGAAAAAGAGGGCAUAAUGUGUAUUUAUGCAAUAAGACUUUUAAUAAAAUAUUAUUGAUAGGUAAUGUAUGGGCUUCGUCAUUAUGUCAAUAUGUUUGAAUUGGUUUAGAUAUCAUAGCAUCAAAUCAGGGAAUGAUCUUGUAGACAGCUUGUAGUUCAAUUUAAAGUGCUUGAAACAUUGAACAUAAAUACCAUAGUUAAUGUACGAGGAUUUCCAAAUGUCUUGUGUCUCAUUGUCAUGAAUAAAUGGAAGUGUUUCUUUGAAUUUUUAUUUUGCCUGAAUAAAGUUACUAAAUUUCC